GCUACAUUUACCAACUCCGAUGUUUCCAACCUUCAAUUACCUACGUCUUUACUUGUUUAUGUCGUAACAAGGUACCUAACCUAACCUACCUAGUAACAACGACAACCCAAAGCUGUCAUUGGCUGAUUACCAUUCUUGGCUCCUAUCGAAGCAAGUUGAACCUCUGGAUUAUAAACUUCAGAUGGCACCUCGCGCAGUUAGAUCCAAGGUAAAGUCGGGAUGUCGUACUUGCAAGGCUCGAAAAGUGAAAUGUGAUGAGGGCAAGCCCGUGUGUUUGCGAUGUCAUUCCACCGGCCGCGUCUGCGAAGGUUACGGAAUAUGGGGCGGGGGCGGAGGCGGUAAUGAUUAUGGUCGCCGUCCAGUUGCCUCUAGCGGUAGAACCCUAACGUCUUUCUACCCCUCAGCCCUGAUAAAAGCGGCGAACCAAGCAGAGACCCAAUGUCUCGAGUGGUUUGCAUACCGAAGUACCUUAAAGCUUCCAGGUGUUUUUCGUUUUGAAUUCUGGGACAAGCUCGUAUUCCAAGCCGCUUCGACUGAGCCAGCCGUCUUACAUGCCAUUCUCGCUUUGAGUUCGGCACAUAGGAGAGAGGGGCUUGACUUCAAUACUUCUAUAGACGUCGCUACGGUUGAACAGGAACAUUUCGUAUUGAAACAUUAUACUAACGCGAUAACUCAUCUCCAACCCCAUUUCGCCUCGAAAAGUAACUGGUCGAUCCGUGUCGCACUUAUCGCCUGUCUCAUGUUUGUUAUAACCGAGUAUUUUCGAGGGAACUUCCUAACCGGCUACAAUCACCUUCAAAAUGGCUUGAGGAUUUUGAACGAGUAUAGGGCCCGCUCAAGUGCCAUUGGUCAUUACAGCCUGUUCCAGGAAUCAUGUUGCGAUCCAGCAGAUGCCUGGAUCAUUCAAGCCUUUAUUAGGCUUGACGUGCAGGCCAAGUUCCAAUGUCAGGGGUCACAGUUUUUGAACAUCACACAGGAGGAUUGUUCCCGCGAUAGCCCAGCCAUCCCGCCAAUUUUCCAAUCUACCAACGAGGGAAGACAGCUUCUUGACCGAAUAAUUAACCAAAUAUUCUACCUGAGCCACGAGUGCCGUCGUCAAGGUCAAUUUGUGGAUUCUCUAAGUCUCCUUUCCAGGCAGCAAAAUCUAGAAGCGAAACUUAAUUCGUGGUAUGAUGCAUUCAAAGCGUCGAGAGCGUGUCUGCUGACGAGCGAGAUCACGCAACGCACUGCAGCUUAUAUACUACUCGAAAUAUAUUACACGGUAGCUAAGAUUAUGAUCGAUACUUGUCUUAGACUAGAAGAUCAGAUGAGAUAUGAUAUGCACACGACGGCCUUUGAGUUUAUCAUGAACCAACUGGACUACAUACUGAAUCUCUCACUAAACCAAUCAUUAGCACACGUGCUACACUUUUCUGAUGCGUCCAUUUCGAUAGCUGAUCUAGGUGCUAUUCUUGCACUUUACUAUGUGGCUCUGAAAUGCCGGGUACAUAGCAUUAGGCGCAGAGUCGUCAACUACGCAAUGAGAAUAUCCCAUCAAGAAGGAAUAUGGAAUUCCCAUCUGGUAGCACGAAUAAUACAAGAAGUCAUAAAUAUUGAGGAAGAUGGCUUCUACAAUGAGUCUGAGGUAGUCGAAGCAGACAAGAGUGGACGACAAGCAGUCUUGCCGGCAUCACACCGGUUACAUGACAUUGAAGUACAGCCACCUGACGGCCGUGAAGGAACAGCUAUAUUACGGUGCAAGAGGAGAUCCAACGAUUCUAGCUGGGAAGUGAUUACUCGGGAACUAGUAUUCGAUAUGGAGAAUCGUUGCUGGGUGAGUAAACCUGAAAGAACGUAAAGCUCAAUUUCUAGACGCAGUUUCAUGAAAAAGAUAUCUUGCAGUAAUUCAAUACGUAUAAGGGCUUGAUAGACUUGCGGUCCGUUCUAGAACGCAACCCAAAGGUCAGAGACGCGUUGCAUUCUUGGUUUUAACCUAGGUCUAAGUACCCACCUAGACAAGGUUAUUUUCGACUUUCUAGAACACUGUCGUAAAUCUACUUCAUUGUCGUAUUCUCGUCGUAUUGCAACUCUUCUCUCGCUUUAGGAUUUUCCCCUAAAGCGAACUACGCCUUCGUCUUCUAACGAGCGUGCAACUCAAGCGC